GAUGUCAGCUCCCCAUGUGGCUCAGUGCAUGGAGAAAAACUUGAUGUAAGUCUGACAACUAGAUUAUGCACAGCAAAAAGAUUAACUGAUUGAGUGACAGGGCUAGUUUCUUUUUAUACAAGAAUGUGGGUAUAAGACUCCCUGUGCAUUCCAUUAGAGGCUCAGAUGUAUCACAGAACCUGACUUGUGACUUCCUGGCAAGGAGCGACACCAAGGUAGCUCCUCCUCCUUCUUAUGAAGCACCUCAUGACAGCAUCAGCUUACAAACACUUAACAAGCCUCACAAGACAGUCUCAGCUAUAAGCCAGGAGGAAAAUAUCUGAAUUUUCUCAUUUUUUUUCCUCACAAGGAUUUUAUACCUACAGAAGUAGAGGCAGAAACGGAGUGUUGUUGACUCUAGGACGGGGUGAAUACCUGUCUGCAAUUUGUAAACCCAGACUGCUUGUUAAAUCAGAGACAGAAAAAUGAGAAAAGCAAAUGUUACACUGUGCAUUGGGAUUUUCAUUUCCUUAAUUAUAUUGAAAGUAGGUUGUGACGGUCUUCUUGGCUCAGAGAAACAGAAUGACAAGUGUGGUGUGUGUGGUGGAGAUGGUUCUACCUGUCGUGUGGUCUCAGGCAUCUUUGCAAGGCAGCAACUUGGGUAUGGCUAUAACAACAUCACUGCAAUUCCAAAGGGAGCCUGCAACAUCAACAUAACUGAGCUGAGACAGAGCAAGAACUACUUAGCAUUAAGAACAAGGAGUGGUAAAUCGGUGGUUAAUGGAAACUGGGCAAUCGAUUGGAGUGGAGAUAAAAAAGCUGCGGGUACAACUUUCAAGUACAAAAGGGGACCUCGGAGUCACCAUAACACACCAGGGGAGCAACUAUUGGCCGAUGGACCAAUUAAUGAGACACUGGACUUGUUUAUCUUAUACAACAGGGAAAGAAAUCCAGGCAUUAUUUAUUCUUACACUACUCCUGUGACAUCAGCAACGAGGUAUGGCCAAUCAGAUUCAAGCAGGUAUAAUUCUCGGCGCUAUGGUAACGGGCAUUAUUAUAGGCCACACAGGCCGUCCAGCUAUUCCUAUCCUUGGGCUUACAGACAACAAAGUGAUCCCACUGACCCCAGGCUGUCCUUCAAUGAAGCCCCAAGAUAUCUGACAGAUGAUGAUUCUUCCAAUAAUCAACAAUACCAAGCUCAGAGAAGCAGUCAGAGAUACAGCAGCCAAACUCACUACACUAAUGGCAACACUCAAAGUAACAGUAGAUAUGACACAAGGUAUUCAAGAAGGCAGUAUAAUUCAGGGUAUUACCGCCCUGGACAACACCAAACGCCUACAUCUCACCAGCAGCCUAAUGUUCAGAACCGCUACCAACCAAGCAGUUACUCCUACCAGAGAGGUACAGGAGGGGUGAGGUACAGGUAUAACAAUAGACGACAACCAGUGACCACCGAUAGGCGUGGUCAGGGCACAGCCUCACAGACAGCUGGACAUGCUGUGAAUGACCAAAUACAGUUGAAUCUUCCUGAGAAGGACAGGACAUCGGGGCGUGGUGUGGGGAACACAGGCAGUUUCUCCUGGAGGAUUUCUGGCUUUACGGAAUGUUCACACACUUGCGGAGGAGGGACCCAGAACACCAUCAUUGUGUGCGUCCAAGGGAACUCCCUGGCUGUAGUAACCAAUGACAACUGUGAUAAUGCCAUAAAACCUGAGCUCCAGACUGUCAAGUGCAACAAUAAUCCAUGUCCCCCUGGAUGGAACACUACAGAGUGGAGUGAGUGCACAACAACAUGUGGCUUGGGUCAGAAGAGCAGAAAUGUGGAGUGCAAGCAGAGAAUUUCUGCUGCAUUGAUCAUCAGUGUGACGGCAAACCUGUGCGCCAAGGAACCUCGCCCUGCUGAAACUCAGAGAUGUGAUUCCAACCCACCCUGUGCAGAGUGGAAGACUGGGGAAUGGGGACCUUGUUCAGUUAACUGUGGCCAUGGGAAGAAGAGCAGAGAAGUGAAAUGUAUAGACAGCGAGGAAACCAGAGUUCCUGACAGUCAGUGUGAUGCUAAUAGAAAACCCAGGAAUGAAGAAAGCUGUGAUGCUGGAGAGUGCAGGAAGGAAUGGUAUUACACAAAGUGGACAGAUACGUGUUCCACAGAUUGUGGUGGGGGCCAGUAUUAUCGUAAAGUAUGGUGUGGAGCAGAAGAUGGCCUGAGCUGUGACAGGGAAGACAAACCUGAUAGUGAAAAGCCAUGCAGAUCUGAUCGUCCAUGUGGCGGGAAGUGGUUCAUGGGGCCAUGGAGCUCUUGUUCCUCCUGCUCUGGAGUCCAGACCAGGCAUGUCAUAUGUAUCAAAGAAGUCCACCCAAAUUACUGGGCACAGGUAGCAGACAACAACUGUGUCACAGAGGACAAGCCAAGACAGGAGCGUGCUUGCCAGUCAGAAUCUUGUGGAGCAGAAUGGUAUCUGAGUGACUGGGGAUCAUGCUCUGCUAGUUGCAGUGGAGGAAUUAAAUCAAGAUCUGUUAAAUGUUUAGACAAAGAUCAAAAGCCCAGUAAUCACUGUAAAAUCACAGAUAAACCACCGACUCAAGAGAGCUGUAACCUUACUCCUUGUCCAACUGUUCCUACAGAUCCAAAAUGUAAGGAUGAAUAUUCUAAUUGCCGUAUUGUGGUUCAAGCGAGACUGUGUUCAUACCAAUACUAUCAUAAAGCAUGUUGCAAGUCAUGUAAAGUGCAUAACUAAAACCCUGCUAUUUGACACCAGUUGAAGCAAGACGCGAUAGAAAAAAAGUAUUACCAACAUAAUAUUCAUAGGUGCCAUGUACAUGACAUAAGCACAAGCCUUUGGAUUUUCAUGAUGAUUUUCACAACGCUUUUCACAAUCAUGCCAUUAUUGUGGAAACCAGGACUUCUUAUUAUCCACUGUCACCUUAACGUCACCUGAGGAGCACCCAUAUAGAACUUAAUGCAGGACUUAAAAAGAUUGUUUACAAUUAAUAUACAUAAUGCAACUGCAACAGGAGGUAUAGGUGGCUGGCAGACUAAGAAAUGGCCAUUUUAUAUUUUGUCCAUCAUGUGACAGUAGAAAAAAGGGAUUAUUUAACAAAACCACUUGAAUAUGACAUGAGAUAAUUUCGUUUUUCAGGUUCACAAGUGACCUUAUCUUGUAUUGUGUUGACGCACACACAAAAAGUUAUAUUUGUAUUGAAGAACAGAAUCGUUUAACUGGUUAAUGCCAAUGUCACAGGCAUCCAUAUUCCUUGACAAGCUCUUGGGGGUUUGGUUCUUCCUCAGUUCUGAACAGAUUUCCAGGGUACAUUUCUUCCAUUUUUCUAUUUAUUGUGAGCUUCAACAUGCACAUCAUGUUUUUACAAAUUGAAUUAAAGCUUUGCAUUAUGUCUUACUUAAUGCUAUAUGCAUCAAUGUAAACUGUGAUUUACAUCUUGCAAUGGAUGUAUGCUGAGUGAGAGGUUUUUUUUUUAUGAAUACAGACAAAAUUAAAUGACACAGUUGCUUUACAGGAAGUAAAGAAAGUGAAUAACAUAUUUAUUUAUAUAAUUUGGUCAAGAAAAAAAUAUGAAGUAAUGAUCAUUUGUGACCUCAAGAUUAUUUUAGUGAUUAAAGUUUGUAUUGAAACAUUGACGUGAGGCAUUUUGGUGCUAAAAGUCUGUACAAAGUUGAUUUUUUUUUCGAAUGAAGUUGUGAUAGACAAGCAUGAAUUAACACAAUGUAUCUUGCUUCUAGAACAAAUGGCUGGGAGAAUCUCUGCCUGCAUAUCUUGAAAAUUAUUUAUCGUAAUAGUUUGGUUGUUAAAGUAUCUUAUAAUUUUUUCAAUGUUGGAAAUGGGUUAUUUUUAAUGUCUACAUCUUCACUGGCCAUUGUAGAGCUUAAUAGCUCUUACCAACUAUUUCACAAUCUAUCAACACACUUUCAUACAAAAACAAACUUGACUGAUUUCAUCAUAUUUGUUUUCAUCAUACACAUUAAUCAUCUUUGUCUUGCAACCAUUUUGUUAUUGUUAAAAGCUAUAUUUCUGUUGUAUUAUUUAGAGUUAGGUUUAUACUUGUUAGUAACACUGCCAGUAUUUUAUUGCCAAUAUUGAAUUUAAUGUCCGCAUGACAUUUGCACACGAAGGGUUUUAGGGCAAUUUGCCUUUUUGCUAGUACAUUUUAUAUAAAGAUUUGCUUCCAUGUAGUUUUUGGAUAACCUGGUUGAAUGGCUGUGAUUUUAUACCACUGAUAAGGGCUUUAUCGAAGUUUAUUUAUGCCUUGAUCAAUAAAAAAUUAAAUUUACAUUUUGAAUGAUUUUGUCAAUAACUUUGUUAAUAUCAAGACAUACGGUGUCAGCCUGUUUGGUUCAAACAGUUAUACUGAGGAAAUUCCACUGGUUUUUGAUGACAGAACUUUGAUUCAUAUAUGCAUUUUACUCACAUUUAAAACAAGUUGUAUAGGAAACCAUUAGAACCAGUUAUUUUAAACUAUUCAGUUUAACAUAUUAGAGCUUCAGGUCAACAUUUCAUGCCAUAUCUUUCAAUGUUUGUUUUUUGUACAUUAUGUUAAUACCAUGAAAUUGUAUUUAGUUGAACUUCAUUUAUAAUAAAACAAAUUUAAUCACA